ACUUCCGUCAACCAAGUCCUGUUGCUAGGUGAGGGACCUUAUCAUUUAACUCAGAAGGACGACGGAGGAUUUUAAGUCACAGCCUCGGUGGUUUAGGGCCACGUUUGGUCUCUGCGGUCCAGUUUAGUAGACAAACAAUGACCGAACAGAAAACCACGCGGGAAAAUAAAGUAGGAAAAUGUCUGCUGCAUAACUGGGCAGAGGAGAGGGCUGUUGCAGCUCUCGACAACGAGGAGACAAAGACACACAACCAAAGACAUGGACACAAAGGGAUCCUCACUAUGGAUCUGGAGUCUAAAAUGGAGAAUGUCACCACGGUGAAGGCAGCGUUCGUCCCCCCAAAGAGUCCAGGGGUGAGGCUGCAGGGCAUCAGAAGUGAGCUUUUGGAGAAACGUAUCGCUCAGAUGAUAAGUGACAAGGUUCACGCUGAGCUGAACCCACCGACUCGCAAAACCGUCUUCUGCUCCACAACCCAGAAGGAUUUCUGUGUGGAGGGAUACGUGCCUCUUACCCCUGAAACAACACAAGUUCAUGAUUAUAAAAGUGACGAGGCCGUGACAUUUUGGAGUGAAAACUACCAGAAGAUACAGGGUGUUACGGCCGUGCAGAACCUGAACGCACCUUUCAGGAAGUCGGCCCUCUUCAGCACAACUAUCGGCGAGCGGCUGGAUGAAAUCGAACCCCCACCUGACAACUGAGACGGUUAUGUCAGCGCUUCACAUUACAUCACUUCAUUACCAGUCAAUAAUAAAGCGGUAAUCCACUUCAAAGGUCACUGUUAUCCUCAGUGACGGAGACACCUCUGAUAAUUAGCUGCCGCCGUCAAACCUGAUUUCCUGCAGUGGAGAAAAGUCAAGUCAGUGGAAAAGUCUCAGAUAUCUACACCACACAUAAAUAUAAAUGUUCAUCAGAAAUAUUACUGCCUGGAAAAACAUGUAGAUCAAUAGCAGACACCCAGCUGAUGUCAUGUUGACAAGAGACAGAAGUACACUGACAUAUGGACUUUAAACCUGCCAAACAAACUAUCUGUAAACCUUAAUAAAAACACACUAACAGGUUUCAGCUGUACAGAUUUCCUGAGAAACAUUCCCCUGCGUGUUUGCCUUUCUAAAAAUAAUGCUGCAUUGUAUCUGUCAGCACUGCAUGUAGCUGUGCCAUGUGUCUUUUCUCUGUUCAGCCAAGCUGCCUCUGGAAAUAUUAACCACAUCGACCAGAAAUGCAGUAUUUGUUGUCAUCUUCUCCAUAAGCACCACAGAUUAUAUAGAAAGUGUUGAAUAUAUACAGUUACUAUUGCAUCAGCAUCAGCAGCCAGAUGCACCAGCUGUUCUCCGCUCAGACAUAUUCGUGUAUAAUCAGAUUUAAACAGGUUGCAUCACACUAACAUCUAGGUGUAAAAACAAAACUAUCCUGCUACAGAAACAGAAUAUAUGAGCAGCUUAGAGCGAGUAUGUUUGACAUUCGGAUGGAGAUGCUGUUUGAAGAAUGAUUUAAAUGGUAGUUCAAGCGUUUUCGACAGGUUGUUUUGUGUUUUCUGAUUUGCAGUUUACUGGCGUCUGAUUCUCAUAGAACAAUAAUCAGUGAUUGGUAGUCAAACACGUACUUAGACUUAAAAAUAGCUUCCUCUCGUGUUGAAAAACAGCAGAUGUAGUAUUUUGUGCGGCUGCACUGUUGUUUCCUCUCGCCGCCUGUGUCUGACCAGGGAGCUCGGCUUGUUUACAGGCUCCAUUCUCGCCUUUCUCUAUCAAUUCUCCUUUGCCUUUUGCAACCUCUAAUUAUUGCAAUCCGACAGUGCAACAAAAAGCCGCACUUUCCUCCUACACUAGGCAAAUAUCUCGCCACUGUCCUUGAACAAAAUGACAAGAAAACCAGAGAGAGAGUGCUCCUUCACCUUUACAAAGACACAGGCCCACAGUACAGAGGUGUGAAACACCAUACAUUGUCGGGAAUCACACAGCGUAUGCUACAGAUUUCACAUAUGUCUCCUGUCAAUCAGAGGACAAUUCCAGGCGCUGCUGAGCCUUUCUGAGCUUUCAGCGGGGAUUAGUAGGCGGUAGCUAUGGCGACAAGUAAUUUUAGCUUAUAUUUAUGCAGCUUUUCUCUCCAAACAUUUCAUUAUCUCAUGGGAUGAUACAGGAAAACCAAUUUGCCUCUGAAACACAAGGCAUUGGAGCGAAUUUGUACUUAACAUUUCAAAUGAAAUAAGAUACAGCAAUUUUCGUUUUUGUGUCUUUCUGUUUGGUGUGUGUCUGUGUAUAAAGUUGGUCUUUUUUUGGGGAGAGAAAAACACAGGACAAAGGACCAGGGACAGGCUUGACGUCAGCAGGGACUCGGUUGACUUAGGGUUCAGCUGGGCAUCAGUCGUGGCACUGGGCAGCUCGACAUCUCCAAGACCCGUGUUUCCAUCCAAGGCAAAAGCAAGAUGAGUCCUAAUGACAGGGGACUGCUCAAAGUCUUCAGGGUCAGGAUCAGACAGGAGCCAAAUCCCAAAUGCAGACUCAAAGAUGUGUGUUUAAUAUUUGAAAUAAAGCAUACAGGUAGAUGGGUUUACAAGCAGGUGGCAGGCACAUCAGAGGCAGGUUUAAAUGUUGGCUGGAGUGGUGACGUAACUGGGAACAGGUGUGUGAGUGGGCAGGGAAGCACAGGUGAGUAGGCUGGUAUAGAGACAGGACAAAAGACUGGAGGACAUCUGAUGGGUGGAUGGACAAUGGCCGGUGUGGGGAGAGACAGAUGGAGCUAUUUUAGUUAGAGAAUUAUUUUCCCUCUUUUGCAGUCAGCACUCCUGGAGGCUUUGUUCCUCAAGGUCUGGGCUGUGGAAAAGGCAGCAAAAAAGACACAUACCCACAAAAGACGAACGACGGCAGACACAGCCUGGUCAGUUGAGUUGAAGUCAGUGGGUCGGCGUCGGGUUCAGCAGAGACCUUUCACUCUGCUUCCUCGCGUGUCGCUGCGAGGAAGUGGGUGGUAAUUACAGGCGUGCGGGAGGGGAAGAUGUUCUCCUGCAGAGAUCAAGAAAACGCACAAACACAGAACCACACACAGCGCCCAUGCCCCCGCUCCACACACUGAUAAUGAGCAUCUAAUGAGCGGUGAUGUCAUUACAGCAAACACACAGCUGCCUGUUACUGACUCGCUUUCCUUCCCUUUAUCUGUCCACAAACUGCUUGCAGUUAAUUAGAGCUGCAGAUACUUGAUGCUCUGUUGUUCUAAGGCGAUAAUGAUAUAACAGCCCUGGCAGUACUGUAACAUGUAAGGAGACAAUACACGUCGGGUAAAACCGGCUCGUGAGGAGGGGGGAAAAAAGCACACAGCUCAUUUUUAAUAGAAGAUAAAAAUAGAAAAUAAAGUCUUCCAAGGUGCAGCUUAAUUUUAACAUUCAUUCCCCACAGGUUACACCGGCUGGACCAGUCCCCGGCUGAGCUGCCUGCCUUUUAAAAUGUGCAAUUCUAGCAGGACAUCCAGUAUUUCUGAGGGGGAGACAGCACAAGGUCAUUUAUAAAUUCUUUCUGGGUUAAACUUGGAUGAAAACAU